AACCAGCGGAUUGUCGAUAUUUCCUAAUAAAAAAAUUUAUAACAUUUUACAUAGAUCAUCAUAUAUAAAAAGCGAUUAAAAUUGAUUUUCACUGAAAUUUUAGACAUUACAGUCACGUGAUUGAGAAUCUCCAAUGAAAUUUUAACCGGUUUAAUCUUAACUUUAGCGCGCAUCAUGCGUCUAUAAACAUGGUUAAAUAGAAUCAAACACGUGGUCUAUUCCACAAGAAUUAUUUAAUUUUAUAAAAGACGACUAUAAAUAUGUCAUUUCGUGGUCGUGGCGGUGGAGGAGGAUUUGGUAGAAGUGGUGGAGGAUUUGGUAGAGGAGGUGGAGGAUUUCGUGGAGGUAGAGGUGGACGUGGGGGUGGUGGAGACAGAGGUUCAAGAGGAUUUGAUCAAGGCCCUCCUGAAACGGUAACUCCAUUAGGUCAUUUUACAUGGACUGUUCAAGAUGAUCUUGUUGCUAAAGUGGAUAUUGAACAAGUUCCUUUUUUUAAUGCACCUAUAUAUACAGAAAAUAAACAACAAAUAGGGAAAAUAGAUGAAAUAUUUGGUAAUAUUAGAGAUUAUUAUGUAUCAAUAAGAUUAUCAGAAAAUAUUAAAGCAUCCAGUUUUGUGAAGGAUACUCCGCUGUUCAUAGAUCCAGCAAAAUUAUUACCUUUGCAAAGGUUUCUACCCAAACCUCCAGGUGAAAAAAAAAGGGGUGGUGGUAGUGGACGUGGAAUAAACAAAGGAUCUCGUGGACGCGGUGGUAGAGGUGGUGGGGGAGGGAGAGGUUCGUUUAAUAGAGGUGGUGGUAGUGGUAGAGGAGGAUUUAGAGGAUCACGUGGUGGUGGUGGUGGCGGCGGCGGCUUUGGACGUGAUUUUGGUAGAGGACGCGGUAGAGGAAAAUGGUAG